AUGCCUGAUGGUCCUGAUGAUCUCUUCCGGACCCUCGAAAAGAUCGACAUUGGUUUGCGCCGAAAUCCUGCUGCCCUGGUUGGCCACAAACUUGAGGGAUACACUCGACACUUCCAGCAGAACUUUGGCGCCCGGUAUAAGUUUGGUGUCACAGUUCAGUCAAAGGGCUUUGAUGAAGCCCCUGAUGUAAUCCUGAAAGCAUUACAUCGACUGAUCUGGGCAAAAACGGUUACAGUGAAGGCAUCAAAUGCCUUCCUUGAAAAGCUUGACCCAGAAGCUAUUGGCCCAAAGGCGCAUCUUCCCAAAGCGAAUGACUUCAAUGAGCUGCUAGCCUUGGGCUACAUGGAAGGCGACAAGAUCAGGUAUCACGAUGAUGGCGAGAGUGAGCUUGGGCCAGUUGUAGCAGCUCUUUCAUUGGGUUCUCCCUGCACCAUGAAGUUCCGACCUAAAAAGUCUCAGCCAUUCAAGUGGCUGAAGAGGCGUGGAAAGCAUGGGGACGAAGUUUGGCAAGACUUCCUUGAGGUCACCAUGAAGCACGGAGACAUAAUGGUCAUGAUUGGUGAGGAUAUUCAAAAGGUGUAUGAGCACACUGUCGAACCUCAUGGAGUGCGCCGCUUCUCCCUUACAGCUCGGUACAUUGACCCGGGCCGCAUGACCAGCGAGGAAGACAAGCGUGAGGCAGCAAUCAAUGGUGCUAUUCCAGAGCAUGCGAAUGCAUUUGUGUAUGACGGGGGUGACGUGGAGAUUUGA